UGAUAAAUAAAUGGUGACAAGCGGAUCGUUAAAUGUCGUGUUCGUAAUAAUUGUCACGUGCAAUGUUAAGUGAAAUCACAUCUAGACGUUGUGGAAUCGUAAUUUCAUAUGCAGUCGGCUUUACGACUCAGUGAAGUGAGAAUUUAAGUGAAGUAAACGACUCAUCAAAUCGAACACAAAAAUGGCCUUGAAUACAUCGUCAUGGCUGGAUCAAUGUUUCGUGGAGAAGAUUUUGCGAAAAUCGGAAGGCGACAAUUCGAUUCAAGUGAUAGAUGUAUUUUCGAAUUGGGGCUCGAACAAAGGUGACAACUAUACUUGCGAUAUUGUCAGGAUUACUGCUGAAUUUUCGCGUGAAGAAAGCGGCCGUAAGAUUGUAGAAAAGAAAUCAAUCAUCGUUAAAGUUUCACCCACAAUCGACAGUGUUCGAUACAAUAUUUUCACACAAUCAGGUUUCUUUCAUACCGAGGAAUCGAUGAUGUUAAAUACUUUGGAUAAAAUGAAUAAAUUAUUAGGUCCAAAGUACCGUCUGAGUGGGAAAGGUUUAUACGUUCAAAAUGAAAAUCCAAUACUUCUGGUGAUAGAAGAUCUCAUGCCUCUCGGUUUUCGUAUGACUGAUUUGUAUGGUCUCGACUUAGCUCAUUCCAUAUUGGCGCUUCACGGACUAGCCAGGUUUCAUGCAGCCUCAGUAGUCAUAUGCGAAAAGGACCCCAAGCAAAAGGAAAUGUAUACGAGAGGAUUAUUUUACAAUCAGAAUCCAAUAGAACAGAAAAAUGUUGUUAAUAAGGGUACUAAAGCUUUAUCAGAGGAAAUUAUAAACUGGCCAGAAGUGAAAAAAUAUUCGGAAAAGAUUGCUAAUCUCUCCGAUCACAUGUAUCAAAUAGCAACAAAUUCAGCCAAGCUCUCUGAGAAUGAAUUUAAUGUUAUUAAUCACGGCGAUGCUCACUGGAAAAAUAUGUUGUUUAAAUAUGAUAAUGAUAGCAAUCCUACUGAUCAAAUUUUUGUGGACUUCCAGGCCUGUUUCUACACAUCACCGGCACUCGAUCUUCUACUUUUUCUCGGUUCAAGUGUUUCCUUUGAUGUCAUUGAAAACAAGAAAGAUGUUUUGUUAAACGAAUACCUUGGCACCUUGUCGACGACUAUGAAACAAUUAAACUGCAAGACGCAGCCGCCCACAAUGAAGGAAUUGAAGGAUACCAUAAAGCGAAGAGCUGGCAUCGAAAUGGUAUCAUCCUUCGCGGUUUUACCGUUAAUGCUGUGCCCUAAGACUGAAGCGAAAGAUUUGGAUGACAUGAUAACCACUGGUACUUGGAUUAAUCCAGGCUUAAAAAGUGAAGAGUUUAAAAAAUUUAUGAUAAAGAAUAUUCCACUGUAUGAUGAAUGGGGUUUACUGGACCUUUAACGUAUACUUGAUUUUUAAUAAUUAACUAAAAAUAAAAAUAAUACAGAUAUCUGAAAAAGAA